AUGAUGAGAGGGAGAUGGAUCGUGUUCUUGGGAUUGAUGGGAUUGAACUUAUUGGAAUAAACAACCGUAACCUCGAAACAUUUAAGGUUGACAUCAGCAAUACUAAAAAUCUUCUUCAAGGAGAACGUGGGAGAAUAAUCCGAGAAAGAGGCAUAAUUGUCGUUGGUGAGUCUGGACUUUUUACACCUGCUGAUAUUGCAUACGUGCAAGAAGCUGGCGUCAAAGCGAUAAAUGCUAUUCAUACUAGCUUUUGGAAGAUAUCU